AUGCUUGCAAUCAAAUUCUCUGUCCUAGCUCUUGUCAUUGCCGCCAUUCUCGACGUGGUGACAGCCAAUGAUGGAUCUAAUCCAAGUGGACUUUUGGAGCUACCUCAAGGAAAGACCUGUACGGAUAUUCCCAAUGCUGAGUGCGACAAAUACGCAGAGUGUGAAUAUGAUGAAGUAUAUAAUGACUGUGAUUGGUUCGAUGACGAGAAGUACGUUCAAUUACACGGCUAA